CUGUCACUUCCCAUCCCGUGCCAAGUAGGGAUGUGGGCAGGAAGCACGGGGUAGCCUGGCUGUCCCACCAGCCUUUCCGGUUUCUCCCUCGCACCCUGGGCUCUUGGUGCAUGGUUGUAUAGUGCCCGUCAGCGGCAGCACCGAGGGCCCAGAGUGCUGACCCCGAGGCCGGCUCCAUGCGCCUUCGUCCGCAACAAGGUCCCCUAGGCAUGGAGCCCUUCCUCCGGAAGCGGCUCACUUUCUUGUCCUUUUUCUGGGAUAAGAUAUGGCCAGCGGGUGAGUCGGAGGAAGACAUCCCCCAGGUCCAGGGACUCGAUGACAACCCAGUCCGGGAGCAGCCUGCUGCCAUUGAGCCUUGCAUCUUCCCAGCCCCACCAGCCCGACUCUUCCGCGCGCUCUACGACUUCACGGCUCGAUGUGCAGAGGAGCUGAGCGUCAGCCGCGGGGACAGACUCUACGCCCUCAAGGAGGAGGGCAACUACAUCUUUGCCCAAAGGCUCUCUGGGCCGCCUAGCACCGGACUGGUUCCAGUCACUUACCUAGCCAAGGCUACCCCUGAGACGCCCUCAGACCAACCUUGGUACUUCAGUGGAAUCAGCAGGACUCAGGCCCAGCAGUUGCUCUUGUCCCCUGCCAAUGCACCAGGAGCCUUCCUUAUCCGGCCCAGUGAAAGCAGCAUCGGGGGAUAUUCUCUGUCAGUCCGGGCCCAAGCCAAAGUCUGCCACUAUCGCAUCUCCGUGGCACCCAGUGGUAGCCUCUACCUUCAGGAGGGCCGGCUCUUCCCCAGCCUGGAUGCAUUGCUGGCUUACUACAAGACCAACUGGAAGCUGAUCCAGAACCCUCUGUUGCAGCCCUGCAUACCUCAGAUGCCCCUGGCUCAGGAUGAGUGGGAACGGCCACGUUCAGAAUUUGUCCUUCGGAGAAAGCUGGGCGAAGGCUUCUUCGGGGAGGUAUGGGAAGGCCUGUGGCUGGGCACUACACCUGUGGCGGUGAAGGUUAUUAAGUCAGCUGACAUGAAGCUGGCAGACCUCACCAAGGAGAUUGAGGCACUGAAGAGCCUGAGGCAUGAGCGGCUGAUCCGGCUGCAUGCUAUAUGUUCCCUGGGAGAACCCGUGUACAUCGUCACUGAACUCAUGGGCAAGGGCAACCUGCAGAUCUACCUGGGCAGCCCGGAGGGAAAGGCCCUGAGCCUACUUCAUCUACUGGGGUUUGGCUGCCAGGUAGCAGAGGGCAUGAGCUACCUGGAGGAGCAGCGUGUUGUCCACCGGGACUUGGCUGCCAGGAACGUGCUGGUGGGUGAUGACCUCACCUGCAAGGUAGCUGAUUUUGGCCUGGCCAGGCUGCUCAAGGACGACGUCUACUCCCCAAGCAGUGGCUCCAAGAUCCCCGUCAAGUGGACGGCACCCGAGGCAGCUAAUUAUCGUGUCUUCUCCCAAAAAUCAGAUGUCUGGUCCUUCGGCAUCCUGCUGUAUGAGGUCUUCACCUACGGCCAGUGUCCCUAUGAAGGAAUGACCAAUCACGAGACACUACAGCAGAUUAGUCGUGGGUACCGGCUGCCACGCCCAGCGGUCUGUCCGGCAGAGGUCUAUGCGCUCAUGGUGGAGUGCUGGAAGGGCAGCCCCGAGGAGCGUCCCACCUUUGCCACACUGAGGGAGAAGCUGAACGCCAUACACAGGCGCCUCCAUCUGGGCCUCACGUGACCAGGUCUCCAGACCCACAGGCAGUGGCUAGGGCAGCUGUUUCCUGAAGGGUGUCUCCCAAGGAAACAGAAUGCACGUGGGAGCUGCUGCACAACUGGGAAGCGCAGCAGCCGCCAAGCUCCAACGUGAGGACUCCUUCACUGACAUAGACUGGUACUUACAUGUGCACACCAGAUGGACGCGUGCAGACUGGGCCUGGUCAUAAGCGCUCACUUAGGUAGAAGUGAGGGCUGAUAGCCUCCUCCUGGCAUAGUUUGACUCCCUGCUGUCUCCAGGGUGUUGAUAACUUGUAGAAAGGGAGCUGUAAGGAAGUGCUGGGUGGAGGAGUACCGGCAGAACCAGCAGUUUGCUCCUGGCCCUCACCUCGGCUCUCUCCCAGAAACCAAAGAUGAGAAUACCAGUUUCCCUCAGGUCUCACUGUGGAUUUGGUUAAGCAGCCAGCAUUAGGGCUCUGGAGCAUAUCUCACCAGUACCUGCUGUGUCCUCAGAAGGGACAACAGCACCCCUCCCCCCCC